UCGACCUCAAACAAACCAAUAUUUAAGCACUUUAAUACCUCCGCGUGCCACCGCAUCGCAUUAUCUAGGAUUUGAACCCGAUACCAAGGGUAUCAGCCGGCCAAGAUGAUUCAACUUAAGACGAUGCUUAACUGCAUCGACAACUCGGGUGCCGCCAUAGUCGAAUGUGCCCUAGUAGUUGGCCAGAAGAGACACGCGACCAUUGGUGACAGAAUAGUAGCCAUCGUCCAAAAGCAGCGGGGCGCAAGUGAUGCUGGUAUGGGUGCAGCCUCGGCAGCAAAUAAAGUCAAGCGCGGCGAUAUCCGCCACGCUAUCAUUGUGCGCACCAGGAAGCAGGUCCAGCGCCCUGAUGGCAGCGUCGUCCGCUUCGACGACAACGCCUGCGUCCUUAUCAACAAGGCCGGAGAUCCCAUCGGCACUCGUGUGAACGGCGUAGUAGGUGCCGAAUUAAGGAGACGGGGAUGGAGCAAGAUCUUGAGUAUGGCACCCGCGCAUGCCUAGGCGUAGGCGACAUUAUGAGAGGGGCUGUGUCUAUGAAUUAUAAGAAUGCAGACGGUGUUAAAAGGCAAACUAUAUUUACGUCAACCGCAAGAGCCCUGACGUUUUAGGAUGAGUCAAGGGAAUGAGCGUCAACACACCAGAAGCUAUAAAUCAUGUAUUAUAUACUAAACGCGUAUAUAGCAGACGUUGACAAGGCAUACCAGCGUCGUACUAAAUAGCUAGUACACGAUAUGAAAAAUUGCGCGUUAUUCUCGCAAUCGAGUUUACAAAAUCCCCAAAUAUUACCUCAUUACAUCACUCGAAACCCUCGCCUAUACGUGUAGUGAAACUCUGCCCCAGUCGUACCCGGCUCUUCAUUUGGCAGCAGGCGUGGGGUGCAGCAGACAGCC